GACCACAAUGGAAAUCGCGCGCCACGCCAAACAGACUCUGCACGCCCCUGCGCUCCGAUUUGAUGCUCUCUGAGAUUCUGAAAAUACACGAAGGAGAAAGACAAGUCCCAAGGCAUCAAUACAAUAUUUAAUCAACUAUAUGUCCACUCUAAACGUCCGUCUUGCUGUACCUAUUGAUCAUCGAUAGUUGUGUGCUCAAGUUUACCGAGAUCCAAAGUUGUCAGGCAGCGUUCAUUGAACGCAUGCGCAUUGCAUCCACUAUCCAGCUCAAAAUAAGAGUUAAAACAGAAACGAGUGCAGGAGGAGGAGAGCAGGGAGAGAUGACUGACACCCCGCCCAGCGAUGGCCCCUCCCAGGGGGCAGAGUUUGACAUGAUGGGUGCUCUGGACUGGCAGGACGGCAUCGCCACACUGCCCGGCAGCGACAUCAAGUUCCGUAUGACAGAGUUUGGAACUUUGGAGAUCGUGACAGAGCCAGAGGUCAAAGAGGUAGGGCCAACCCCCCAGAACCCUGCCCAGUUGAAAAGUCCCACCCCUCCACCAGAGGCCCAAUCAGAGAGCAGUGCAGCCUCUUCUGCAGCCAAGGCUCAAGGCCCUGUGCUUCUGUCUUUAGAGGAGGGUCCCACUGUGGAGGAGCCGAGAGUGGAGGUUGGCCCCAGGGCGGAGGCGGAGGUUGGCCCCAGGGCUGAGGUUGGCCCCAGGGCGGAGGCGGAGGUUGGCCCCAGGGCGGAGGCGGAGGUUUGCCCCAGGGCGGAGGCGGAGGUUUGCCCCAGGGCGGAGGCGGAGGUUUGCCCCAGAGGGCGGAGGCGGAGGUUUGCCCCAGGGCGGAGGCGGGCCCCAGGGCGGAGGCGGGCCCCAGGGCUGCGAUGGCUAGCUGUAGGUCGUGUGGGGGCUCCGGUCCACUGGAGAGUUUCCUCCAGGGCAAAUACUGCAGCUCCAUUUGUGUCCAGCCCUCCAGUGGCAGGUCAACAUGUUAGCUGUUCUUACUGUACUCGGAGGGAGAGAGAGGGGGGGGAGGUGGGACUGGGGAAACGAGUGAGGAAGAAGAGGAAGAUCUACAUGGACUCUGGUGAUGAAGACGAAGACAACCAGGAGGAGGAAGAGGACAAGUCCAAGGCUGUCAAAGGGAGGAGAGCUGCUAAGCUGGCCAAGCUAGUGACAGCCCCACCCAAUAAGAAGCGAUCCUGGAGCUGGCCCUCCUACAUGGAGGAGGAGAAGGCUAUAGCUGCCCCCCUUAAACUGUUCAAGGAGCACCAGUCGUUCCCUCAGAGCAGGAAUGCCUUCAAAGUGGGGAUGAAGUUAGAAGGACUGGACCCCUGUCACCCCUCUCUGUUCUGUGUGCUCAGUGUUGCUGAGAUCCAGGGUUAUAGGGCAAGGCUUCAUUUCGACGGGUAUCCAGAGUGCUAUGACUUCUGGGUAAAUGCUGACACCUGGGAUGUAAAGCCGGCAGGCUGGUGUGAGAAGAUGGGACACAAGCUGCUACUGCCGAAAGGUUGUAAGGAUGGGGAGUUCAACUGGAACAUGUAUGUGAAGAACUGCAGAGGUCAGCUGGCCCCCAAACACCUCUUCAAGAGCCUCAACACGUCGAUGACUCCGUCAGGGUUCCGUGCGGGUAUGAAGCUAGAGGCGGUGGAUAAGAAGAACCCAUAUCUGAUCUGCGUAGCGUCCAUCGCGGCUGCUGUUGACAACAGACUCCUCAUACACUUUGACAACUGGGACGACACCUAUGACUACUGGUGUGAUGCCAGCAGUCCCUACAUCCACCCUGUAGGCUACUGUGAGGAGGCUGAGCUGACCCUCACCACCCCUGCUGAGUAUAAGCACCCGAGGAGUUUUUCCUGGGAUAAAUACAUGGAGGAGACUGGCACACAGGCAGCCCCUGCACGUGCCUUCAAACUGCGUCCGUGCCAUGGGUUCCAGGCUGGAAUGAAGCUGGAAGCUGUCGAUAAGAGGAAUCCCAUGCUCAUCCGCGUAGCAACCAUCGCAGAGGUGGAGGACCACCGACUGAGGAUCCAUUUCGAUGGCUGGAGUGAGGAGUAUGACUACUGGGUGGAUGCUGACUGCCCAGACUUGCACCCUGUGGGCUGGUGUCAGAAGACUAGUCAUCCCCUACAACACCCCUCCAAUGGCUCCACUGAUAUGCUGGUCCUCCCAGGGCAGGGCUGUCCUACCCCAGGAUGCAAUGGGGUUGGUCACAUCCGUGGACCGCGCUACGGAACCCACUACACGGGGGUGAGCUGUCCGUACUCUGAGAUGAACCUGAACAGGGAGGGCCAGGUACCAGACCGUCUGAGUGGAGAACGACCUAUGACCCUGAGUGGACCUCAUCACCGUGGGCGACGCCCAGACCCUCCUCCACACACCCAGACAAACAGCCCCACCACACCGGAGCAGCCCGAGCCUGCAGACGACUCCCCUCAGACCAGUGUAACUAUGGGGCCGACUGUUGACGAGGGUGAACGAUCCAGGUGCAGCAGUCAGAGUGAGCCACCAGGGGGCUCCACUGAGCCCGUCAACGACGGAGCCAAGGCCAAGAGGUCUGCUCCAGUCCCAAAGUAUCUGAAGCUGCACGUCGUCAAGCAGGAGAGUGGAGAUGGGAAAGACUCCCUGUCUCUCCAGCAGGCGCUCCAUGAGUCAGUAUUCUCCCCGGGUGGCUCCUCCUCUCCCCCUCACAGGGUGGCUCUGUGCUGGGACAAACACUGCCAGCUGCUCCCUGAGGUCCUGGGCCUCACAGCUAAGAGAGUUGCAACCUGGACCGCCGACGAGGUGGCCAGUUUUGUCAAAGGGCUCCCGGGCUGUAAAGAGCAUGCUGCCACCUUCAGGACAGAGCAAAUGGAUGGAGAGGCCUUCCUGCUUCUCACCCAAGCAGACAUAGUCAAGAUCCUGUCAAUCAAACUAGGCCCUGCCCUCAAGAUAUACAACGCCAUACUCAUGCUGAAGAACGCUGAUGAGGAGUGAGACGCCCCCUGACGCUUCAUUUCCUCCCACACCCGACCGCUGUAUCUGAAUAGUCUAGAGAAGUUUAAUCUCUUUCUUUGCCUCCUCACCUUAUUCUCUUUGGUCUUCAUCUGCACUGAUCUGAGCCCGUAGGAUAGGUCAGAGCAACAUAAUGGAUGGCCACCAGGAAUCUGCUUUCAGCUAUCCUGUUCUUCCACAUCAGUGUAGAGGAGUAGAGAGGAUGUACCUGGUGUCAGUGUAGAGGAGUAGAGGAUGUACCUGGUGUCAGUGUAGAGGAGUAGAGGAUGUACCUG